CACGUGACAUUCCCUCCCGACCAUGGAAAUUGGAAAACGACUUCAGCACGAGCUUUGAGAUGGCUACCGACUGGGGCGCACGCUAAAUUCAAAGUCCAGCUGUAUGAAAUUCGACUGACUGGAAUUUAUAAUUCUUGCAAUCCGCUUUGCAGCGGGGCUGCCAUGCGGACGCGAAAAAAGAUAUUGCAGUAUGUUUAAAUUUCUCUCACUUCCGUCCGUCCCGUGGAAAAGGCAUGAUUGUCCUGCCGAGGCUGCACUAACUGCUGCUUUCUGACCCUUCACACGGUCUUUGCAGCGUUUCUGCUGCCCAAACUUACUCUCCUCCCCUUCCCGCUUUCUUCCUUCUUCCUCUUUUUUAGUCUCCUGCUCCUUCUCCUCUGCGCUUCUCUUCCCUCUCUUUAAAACGUAGUAAAGAAGAGAGAGCUGAAGAGGGAAAGGAAAGUAGCCGAGAGCGCUGCCCUGCCCCUGGCUAACCCAACCAUGGAGUCAUUCAGCUUGCUCAAGUACUGGAGGGGCGGUGGCGGAGCGGCUCUGGCUGCAGCCGCCGCCACGGCCGCCUCUAGCGUGUGCACCGCUGCCAACGCCGCCACUACCACCAUCGCCACCUCUGUCCUCAACCCGUCAGCAGAGACCGACGACGACGGCGGAGAUGUCGGCGACGAUGGCCCCUUCUUCGAUCUCGAGUUCGCCGUGCCGGAGGAGGACGGCGAGGGGGAGGAGGAGGACGGUGGAGAAGAGAAGGAUGGCUCUGCGGCGGGGAUGGAAGCGGAGUCGGACGAUAACGAGGAGGGGGAGUUUAAUUUCAUGGUGUCUUCGGAGGGGAGCUGCGGCGGCGACCUUCGGUCCGAUCCCCUCUCUCCUUCAGACGAUCUCUUCUUUAAAGGGAAGCUCGUGCCUCUGGAGCCAUCCUCGAUCGUGAUCACCUCGUCCGAGGCCGAUCCCAGGCCUCAGUUCGCCGUUUCCCUUCUCAAGUCCGCGACCAAGUUUCGAGUCUUCAUGUUAGGCCUCCGGAAGGCAAAAUCCACACCGGCGGAGCCCAAUGGGGCUCCCGCCGCCCCGAGCACGGCGGCCACGGCGUCUCCAAAGCAGCAAUCGCGGCCGCAGCCGAGCAAGUUCUUCAUCAAAUUUAAGGUGGAGGAGGUACCGAUCAUCUCGCUCUUCACCCGCGACAACGGCUCCCGUAACUCCAGCGGCAGUAAAGCGGCGAAAUCCCAGGCGGAGGAAUCCGCAGCAGCGCCGUCCUCGGCAGCGGCGGAGGACUCCGCAGCAGCGCCGCCCUCGGCAGCGGCGGAGGAGAAGAAGUUCUCCAAGGAAGUGGUGCAUAAGUAUCUCAACAAAAUCAAGCCGCUCUAUGUCAGAGUAUCGAAGAGGUACGCCCAGAAGCUGAGGUUCUCCGGUCAGCUGACCCCAGGCGAGGCGGCUGCGGCGGCGGCGGCGAAGGCCGGGCCCAACGAAGGCGAGGAGACGGACGUGGAGGCGGAAGCGGCCGCGCCGCCGUCGGCGGCACCGGCGACGACAGCGGGGACGGCGGCGAGCGGCGUUAAGUGCCAGAAAGUGAACUUGCCGACGGGGUUGAAGGUGGUGUGCAAGCGGCUGGGGAAGAGCCGGUCGGCUUCGGCCGCCGUCGCCGCGGUGCCGUCACCGCCGCCGCAGAGGCGGGACGACUCGCUCCUCCAGCAGCAGGACGGGAUCCAGAGCGCCAUCGCGCACUGCAAGAAAUCGUUCAACGCGGCCGAAGGUUUCUGUCUCUUUUGGUGGAUUUGGGUCCGGUUUGGCAGGGUCCGAGUCGCCUCUGGUGCGAUCCAAGAGCGAUCCAUGCGAUGGGAGGUCCGAUAAGGGCGACUGCGUUUGAUGAUCUGAUCCUCACCGUUGGAGUUUUGAUACACGACGUGAGAAAAAAGUUAGAUGUCUUUCGUCCUAUGGUGGAAGUAUGGCGUUAUGGAGAGAGCUGGCGGCGAAAGAUCUCUUUUAGCCGCGGCGAAGUUGUGUGCCUCUUUCUUUUUUGGGGGAGGGUAAGUUUUUUCUCUAUCUUUUAAAUGUUCGAGUGGCGGUGCUUGUGUAAUUAUAUAUCUUCCUUAUCUAUUCGAACUUUACCAUUGCGAUGGA